CUCCGUUCGUCUGUGGAUAUUUUACGAACUAUUGGCCACAAUUUUGGUCCAAUAUGUCGAGUCACACUGCCAGAACAACAAGAUACAGCACGAGAAAGCUUCGGAAGCGACCAGUUGUGAAACAAGCGUCUACGAGACGCCAGAAUGAUGGAAAUGCCAACACACAGAACACAGACAAUGAGGAUGACUCUAGUAGUAAGCCAUGUCACAUGCGAUACAACCUGCGUAAACGCCAACCAGAGGCCAGCACCAGUCCAUACACUGGGGUGCGAAGUAACAGUCUCUCUGAAUCCUGUACACCAGCUAAGAGGAGACGAAAAUCGUCCACUCGUUCUGUUGCUCCAUAUUUGAAAGGAUGCCUGGUUGGAGCACACUACCUUCAACAGGACUUACCAGACGAAGUACUGCUCAAGAUUUUUAGUUACCUGUUGGAGUUUGAUCUUUGUAGAAUUGCAUGUGUUUGCAAACGUUUUCGUAGCAUUGCUAAUGACACAGAACUAUGGAAAGAUAUUUAUCAGGAUAUAUUUGAGUAUGACUUUCCUCUGAUGCAUCCUGAACCGAGAGUUUUUCGCUUUGUACAACCACAUGAGAAUGAAUAUGAAAAUCCAUGGAAGGAAAGCUUUAAACAUCUGUAUAAAGGAAUUCAUGUUAGACCUGGUUUUCAAGAAAUGUACAUGGACCACUCACGUGGGAGGAGACUACGGGGCCGGGACAUGACGUGCUUUGAGACAAUAGAGCAGGCAUACAGUUUUGUUGAUGCUGAGGAGAUUGAGUGCCCUCUGAUUCUGGUCCACUCCGGUCUGUACCAAGGGGAGUACCUUUUCGUGGACACCAAUGUUUCCAUAAUAGGAGCAGCACCUGGAAAUGUCAUAGACCAUGUGGUGAUAGAGAGAGAAAGUGAAUCCACAGUGAUGUUUGUAGAGGGGGCCAAGGAAGCCUACCUUGGAUAUGUUACUCUGCGUUUUUCACCUGAUAUUACGUCAACAGUUCCCCACCAUAAACAUUAUGCUCUAGAAGUGACUGAGAACUGCUCACCCGUUGUAGAUCAUCUCCGUAUCAGAAGUUCAUCUGUUGUUGGUGCUGCUGUAUGUGUGUCUGGAUCAGGUGCAGACCCAGUUAUUAAACACUGCAAAAUCAAGGAUUGUGAGAAUGUUGGGCUGUAUGUCACAGACUAUGCACAGGGGAGCUAUGAAGACAAUGAAAUCAGUGGGAAUGCCUUGGCAGGUAUUUGGGUUAAGAACCAUGCUAACCCCAUAAUGAGAAGAAACCAUAUACACCAUGGACGAGAUGUAGGGAUUUUUACCUUCGAUAAUGGCCUGGGUUACUUUGAAGCCAAUGACAUCCACAACAACAGGAUUGCUGGUUUUGAGGUAAAGGCAGGUGCUAACCCCACUGUCGUCAGGUGUGAAAUUCACCAUGGACAGACGGGUGGUGUGUACGUACACGAAAAUGGCCGUGGUCAGUUCAUAGAAAACAAAAUUCACUCAAACAACUUUGCUGGAGUAUGGAUUACCUCAAACAGUGAUCCAACCAUCAGGAAAAAUGAAAUCUACAAUGGCCAUCAAGGGGGUGUGUACAUAUUUGGCGAAGGAAGAGGUUUAAUAGAGCACAACAAUAUCUACGGUAAUGCCUUAGCAGGUAUCCAGAUUCGGACUAACAGUAACCCAAUAGUUCGACACAACAAGAUCCAUCAUGGUCAACAUGGCGGUAUUUAUGUGCAUGAGAAGGGCCAAGGUCUCAUUGAGGAGAACGAGGUAUACUCUAACACUCUGGCGGGAGUGUGGAUCACCACGGGUAGUACGCCUGUACUGAGAAAAAACCGUAUCCAUAGUGGAAAACAGGUUGGAGUGUAUUUCUACGACAAUGGACAUGGUGUUUUAGAAGACAAUGACAUCUUUAACCACUUAUAUUCUGGAGUUCAGAUAAGGACAGGAAGCAAUCCUUUGAUUCGCAAAAACAAGAUUUGGGGAGGACAAAAUGGUGGUAUUUUAGUGUAUAAUAGUGGGCUUGGUAUGAUUGAGUGUAAUGAAAUAUUUGACAAUGCUAUGGCUGGUGUGUGGAUUAAAACAGACAGCAAUCCAGUGCUUCGCCACAACAAGAUCCAUGAUGGCCGUGAUGGUGGUAUCUGUAUUUUCAAUGGAGGAAAAGGAAUUCUUGAGGAAAAUGACAUCUUCAGGAAUGCCCAGGCUGGUGUGCUCAUCAGUACCAACAGUCACCCAGUGUUACGAAGGAACAGAAUAUUUGACGGCAAUGCAGCAGGUGUUGAAAUAACCAACAAUGCUACAGCUACACUGGAGGGGAACAAAGUCUUCAACAACAAGUUUGGAGGGCUUUGUCUCGCCAGUGGAGUCAACCCAAAACAAAAAGAUAAUGUUAUCAGUGGUAACCAUAACAUGGUACAGAGGGCAGUAUCAAGAGGACAGUGUUUGUACAAGAUCUCCAGUUAUACAAGUUUUCCCAUGCAUGACUUUUACAGGUGUCGGACGUGUAAUACAACAGAACGCAAUGCUAUUUGUGUGAACUGUAUAAAAUCCUGCCAUGCUGGCCAUGAGGUCGAGUUUAUACGCCAUGAUAGAUUUUUCUGUGAUUGUGGUGCUGGCACUCUGAACAAUCAAUGUCAGCUACAAGGAGAGCCGACACAAGACACUGACACAUUGUACGAUUCUGCUGCACCAAUGGAAACACACACACUACGAGUCAACUGACCAAUGGCCAGUCACAAAGCUAACCAGUUGUGUUAUUGCAUUGUCAUUACAGCGUUACUGAGGAGUAAUAUUCUUCAGCUGGUCAACUGGGCUGGUACCUAGCAGUUUCCUGGUGUCUGGCCAUCAUUUGGGCAUUGGUUGUGUCUCUAGCAAACAUGUAUCAUGGAUAUGUAUAAUGAGGAGGAGUAUCCCUUAAGUUUCACUCCAGAAGAGUGAGGAACAGGAAGCCAAAUGGUUGACGUACUUUACAGUUGUAUUGAUGGCAUUUAAUGCUGCAGUGCAGAUGGUUACAUUUAGAAAUCUCUAUUUUAAUUACAUGUUGGAGCACAAGUAGAUCUGAUACAGUGAGAGUAUGGAAUGAAAGAGACGGAUGUGAAAGACAUGGUGUGCAAGUCGAGCAGGCAGAAUUAUUCUCUGUAAAUUUACAUCUUAUAAUGUGCUAUAUAACUGUGUAGAACCGCAAACUUUACAUGUAGUUCAUUUGAUAGGUUGCUUCAUUCCAACUUGUCCAUAACUAUCAAAAGCAUCUGAUUAAUAUGUAUUACCAUACAAUUCUGUGUGGCUAAACCAAUCAUUACAUAGCUACUUAGUAGCAUAAUCAAUGUUUCAGAAAUGUUUUAUUGUUUAAUUAAUGACAGUCAUUAUGCUGUCUGUUGAAUUUAUUAUGAAAUUGAUAAAAGAAUAUACAAUAUAUAUAUUAUAGAUAUAUUCCCCCCUCCCCCCCUCUUUUUUUUUUUUUUUUUGCCAAAAAAAGUGAUUUUUGUGAAGUAGUUAGUGGUCAUAGCAAAAAGACUGUUUGGUAAGAUACAUAGACACUAUUGAAAAAUAUUGUACUUGCCAAAGCCUAUUUUUUACGCAAUGAGAAAUAUAUACAUUUAUUUAUGGGCCAGAAUUUAUGUGUUGGGUAUAUGUCUGGGGCCACAGCAGGGCUUCAGAUGAGGGGUCUGUUUCGUCUAACCAUUGUUAUCUCUUUCUUAUUUUUGUGCCCAGCAGUGAGUAGUGGUAAAAAUGUCUCCCUGACAACUGCAAUUUGUGUAUUUAGAUACUUACUGGAACAGAUUUCAAGUUUGUGAUGGUUUCACAAGACCACCCUUGUACAAUUUAGGUGCUAAAGAGACCACCAGCAGUAUUGAGGCACCAAGCCUUAUGCAUGUUCAUGUCAUUUUCAGAAUUAAGUUAAUGAACUUCUAUUCAAAAUGAGAAUUAUCUAGGCACCAGGUUGUGGCAUUGAAAGCAUGGAGAGAACAGGGUUCUGGUGUCUGCUGUUGGACUUAGCUAUCCAUUUUAGUUCCCCUAUCAUCAUUACCUGUGCAUGACUUGCUGGCAUUUUGUUUCCGUCCAGGUGUACACUGCCAAAGGUGGGCGGGGCACGUUAGAAGCAUGUGGUUGUCAGCACCUUUAUUUGUGUCCACAUAAAAAUUUCAGCAUUUAACAUUUUACACUGCAAUUUCUUCCUUUUUAGAUUGAGUGUUGUCCCAGGUUGAAAACAGAAUAUCUCUUGUUUCCAUGCUAGCUCUUUACUUAUAGUUCAUUAUCUGUAGAAUGGAAAACGCCUGCAAACACAGAUCCACAGGCUUGCAAUAUUACUAGCUAUGUUAUUAUAGAUCUAGGUUAUACUGUACUAUAGGUCUAUUAAAUGUGUUGUAACCCUUGCUGUACAUACUCUGUAUCACGAUUGGUCUGCUAUAGACACCAGUGUGGUGUAGUCGGUGUGUACCAGUGGCUAAAUGUUGUGUGAGAUUUAGGUAGCUGUACUGUAUAGCAUGUCUUUUCUAUGUUAUCACCUUCAAGUGCUAUACACAGUUUAUACUCUCUUCUCGGUAUGGUAUUCAAGUACAGUUGAAUGAUGGGAGUCUGGCUAUUUUGUACUUUUUUGUCUUGUAAGACCAACAUACAUGUAUUUGUAAUGAAUUUAUUAGAUGUAAUCAAUCAUUUCUCAUAUACUGAUGGUGUGACUAGGUUUUGAUUGGGUAUCUCUGAUUCAGAAAUGAUUCCAGUAAAAAUUUUAAUUAUUAGUCCUGAAGUUGUAGCUUUACAGAAUAUCAGAAAAUAGAAAUCCAAUUUUUCUCACUGCAAUGCUUUCCAAAACAAACAAUGAUGAAUUUUUACUCUAAGUUGACAAAAUUACCUUCACCUUUCCAUGAUUCUUAAUUGUAACAAUCCCUCCAAGUGAAUUAGGUUUUAUGUCAGUUUUUGAGAUUUUGAUUGAAAUAUGAAAUUGAUUCUCAAUUUUCUUUCUUUUUUUUUUUUUACAUUCCAUGAGCUAAACUGAUCUUCAUUUAAUAGUUGUAGAAAAGCAGUGCCCUUAAUCAUUUCCAUCAAUACAGUGUACAACAUUAAGAUGUCAUUUCAGUGUUAUAAUAAUUGAUAUCACCCUAAAUGUAGAUCAAAUUCUGAAGCGUUAUUGCUUACAAAGUCCAAAUUUUCAGAAAUAAGGAAGAACUUUUCUGUUUAAUAAUUGAAAUGUAUCUGUUACGAUGAGGUUUUCCUUACUUGUCCAUAAUCUAAAAUUGGUAUUUGUAUUAUAAAACCAUCAGUAAGUUGACCUUCCAUGGCACAUAUUUGUCCAAGUGACAAUUUGUAUGUGAGAUAAUUUGUUGAUGAUGUCUUUACAUGUUGUGAUAGUUAUGUUUUUGUUGCCGUGGUUACAGUGUUUGGGAAGUGUUAACUCUUUUAUCAGUGUGCACCACUAUGGUUUGUGUUACCGUGACAACCUCAUAUAAACAUGUUUAUAGCAUUUUAUCAUUUAAUAGAAACCUCUUUGUUAUAUGCAGUGUGUUUAUUAAGCUGUUGUUGCCUGUCUGUUAGUUGUCAUGGUAAACAGGUUGUCAACAUAUCUACCUGUUCACUUUUGUUCUUUUUGAUUUAUUCUGUUGAAUCUUGAAUAAGAUUGAUGAUGAGGAUGUUCAACUUCUGUUGAAGAGACUGACAAGGACUAAUUAUAACUUUAGUUGCUGAGAAUCGGAUUGACAGUGAUUUUUAAUACAUGUGGAUCAGACUUGGACCUUUUUUCAACCUGGUUGAUCAAACUUAACAGGGAUUGGAUUUACUGCAACCUCCAACACCAAUUUUGAUCUCCCCUUGUCAAUCAGGCUUAACAUCAAACCCUAUUAGCCAGACUGGCAAGAGCAAACCCAGGUUUAUCCCCUAUCUUAGCAUCUCUUCCUUUUUCAUUUCAAAAUCUUUUACUUGCCUUAUGGUGUUUGGGGAAGCAACACAAAUAUUUAUGAAGGUCAACCUUCUGAAAACUUUUAAAAAUUUUUAUUUCUUAAUAAGAUCUGUUGGUAUGAUAGGUUGGACUAUAAGCUUUAAUUAGUAUACCUACUCUAGUAGUAGGGUAGCAUUACAAAACUCGGUUUUAAAACAGUUUUAUGUGAGAGUAUGUGUUUUAUAUACUGUGUAUAGUUAAGUGUUUUGGCAUGUUGUGCUGUUGUUGAGUUACCACUGGAGAAAUUGUCCUUUAUUUGAAUUUCUGUGAUGAGGGUGGGAGGACAUUUAUGUGAUUGUAUUUUACCUUGUAGUACAUCAGCUUGUGUUUUCUGCCAAGGUUCCAUAUGUUGGAGCUGGGAUCCUUCAGCAAUCAUGUAACAUGGCUGUACUUUUGUUAAGACCUGUGUGAUACUUUGUUAUCCUCCCAACUUUUAACCCAGCUGGGUAGCCCCUGGCAUCAUUGGUCAAAUAUGUUAUUAUGUAGUAUGCGUGUGUACCCCUCUGUCGCCCGGCCUGUAGGACCCAAUUUGUUAACCUUAUCUGUAGGAUGUUGUUAUUAUCUUGUAUAUGUUGUAUAUGUAGCAAAUCAAUUUCUUUUUUAAAUUAUCUACAAAUUAUUAACACAAGUGGUUCAUACUUGAAAAGUCAAAAUUGCUAUGUUGUUUAUGAUUGGGUGUUUGAGUGAACAAGAUAUGUAUGGAGCCCAGGGGCACUGGUGGGUACUAAGUACCAACCCUAGACCUCCCUGGCAACGGUGUCAAUAGCUUUUAGUUGAUGUCUCCAAUUAUUGUUUACAAUAUUUUUUUAAUGCAAGCAAAAGUUAUUUUAAAUGUCGAGAUGAAGUGUGACAGACCAAACUUUACAGAUUUUCCAAUACUUUAGUGAAAUCCAGAAACACUUAUGUUCUCAACUGUCAGGACACCUCAAUGGUAGGCAAUGGGACAUCAUUUGUAAAUUCCUGCACGUAAAAAAUAUAUUGGUAUAUAUAAUUGAAAGCACCGUUAAAUCAGCAGCAUCUAGCUACACAGGUACAAUUUAGUUGGAAAGUUUUUAUCAUAAAAGAAAGUUUUAAUCAGAAAAUUGUUAUCACAAAUAAAAGUCUUGCCUAUCACAAAGUGCAGUAAAUGGUAGAUGUGUUUUUUAGAGUAUAAAGUUAGGUGCUGACAAAAUGAUUUAGCAGAUUCACUAGUUUCAACUUGUGUAUAUAUAUACCAGCGAUAUUUAAUAGUAUUUGUGUACGAGUUGACACCGUGCAAUAGUUUCCCACACCAACAGGGGUAGACAAUGUAUAGAGUUUGGCUUCUCACACUUGAUCAUUGAGUGGUUGAAUAUGGUGUACAUCUUGGGUGUAUAAGAACAUCUUUUGCGAUACAUUACAAAGGUCAUCAUCUGUAUAUCAUACAUUGUCACCAGUGUGAAUGUCUUGUUUUAUUUUGAUACAAUUCUAUUAUAUCAAGAUAUCAA